AACUUACGACACUAUCUUGUCGCAUUCAGGCGCCGCCACACCAACACUGCAAUGGCUGCGCCACGGCGGCGUAUGGGCCUUGAAAAGAUAGGCCUGUAUGAUGUUGGUCGGGCAAUUGGCAAAGGCAAUUUUGCCACAGUUCGGAUAGCGCGGCACAAGAUUGCUAAGACUAAGGUGGCAAUCAAGAGUAUCGAUGUGUCAGCGUUAGACCGAGAAAAUCUGAUAAAAUUGGAACGAGAAGUGAAAAUUGUAAAAGUGAUCGAUCACCCGCAUAUUGUUAAAAGUUAUGAGAUAAUGAGGGUUGACAACAUGUUGUACAUUGUAAGCGAAUACUGUAGCAGUGGAGAGUUAUAUGAGACACUGAUAGAAAAGGGUCGGGUAGCGGAAAAUGUUGCUCGGAAAUGGUUUUCUGAAACUGCGUCCGCUGUUGCAUAUCUUCAUUCGCAAGGAAUUGUUCAUCGAGAUUUAAAAGCUGAAAACAUUCUACUAGGCAAAAAUUCGAACAUUAAAAUUAUUGAUUUUGGGUUUUCAAAUUUUCAAACCGGCGAUCAACUUUUGAACACAUGGUGCGGAUCACCACCCUACGCCGCACCAGAAUUGUUAUUAGGUAACUCGUACGACGGCAUGAAAGCUGAUAUCUGGUCCAUGGGGGUGUUGCUAUACAUUCUCGUUGCCGGCGGAUUUCCUUUCCCGAGUGAUUCAGUGAACAAACUCAAGAGAUCCGUUCUCUCUGGCCUGGUUAAGAUUCCGUAUUGGGUUUCUGUUGAGUGCGCGGACUUUAUACGAAAAAUGCUCGUGUUGAACCCUGGCAAAAGAUACACAAUCCAAAACGUUCUUCAACACAGAUGGAUGCACAUCCGAGAUGAUGUGCAAAAAAAUCAAGCGGCGCAACUCCUGGAAGCAAUCCCAUCAAGUUCUAUAGAAAUUCGACAGCAGUCCACAAAGUUGAAUCCUACAAUUAUGAUGUUCAUGCAGCAGCAUGGGAAAUGGAGUGAAGAACAAAUUAUUGAUGCUGUUCUUGGACGAGACUUUGAAAGCCCAAUUUUUGCGACCUACGAACUGUUGGCCGAUAAAGUUAAAAAAGGAACAUUAGAAGGAACUGGAGAAGAGUUUCCGCGACGUGGAUCAAGAGGUUCAAUUCUUAGUGGAAAAGCUAACGUUGACGAGCAACCACUGACGCCAACAAUAUCUGCCCAUCAACUUGCCCAACUUAACCUUUCAAGCCCAGAUUGUGACUCGGAUGAUUCUUCAAAUUCUGAUUUGUGCGAUGAUUCUCCGAUGAGCUCGAUGGGACCUAUGAAUCACGAGAGACAGUUUGGAACACCGCACGGGCUAGAUAUUAUUGGAAAUAGAUUUGAAAAUAGACGCCACACCUUGUGUGCAAGUGAGCAGCUUCUUUCGCCAAACAUGAUGGGACAGUUUCCACCACCAAACCUGUUACUAAACAACUUCUCAAUGAAUCCACCGCUAGGCUUUCCACCAAUGCCAGAAGGACAAGCUGCCGAAUUCCCACUUCCAUCGUUGCACCCGGCAUUUGCCACCAUCCCAAUUGCAGACUUAUCAAAAAUGCUACCAGUUCCAAAGAGUGAACGCCGAGCUUCCGCCGGUGAAACUCUUCUGCCAACUAACUUCGAUUUGACACAACAUCUCGCAAACUUGCCAGCUCCUCCAAUCUCAUUUCCGACAGUGGAAGAAGAAGGAAAGUCUUAUCUGUCGAAAUAUGGUGGAAAACGAAAUACUGUCCAUUGCCUUGGUAAUCAGUUGGGUGGAGGAAUUCAAAAUCCAAUACCAAGGUAUCAACGAACACCGUAUACAAAAGCACCUCCGGCGGAACGAAGAAGCAGUUGGGCUUCACCGUCACUUUCUGCUCAGCAACAAAAUCAUUUGGAAAAACUUUUUAAGCAAGCUUUGCAAACGAAUAAUGAUAUGACUAGAUUGCAUAAAGAAUUUAAAGGACUCUCUCACGGAUGCGCACAAUCUCAAAUUACAAAUGAAGGCUCCUCAUUAGCCUGUCCUCAAAUAUCCAUAACUGAUGAGUAUAACCGGCAACACAACAUUGCUCCAUCUGCAUCUUCUUUUGAUCCAGUUAGCAUAUUCCAGAAAAAUGCACAGGAAGUGGUUUUUGGACAACGACCUGCGACAGCAAUUGGAUUUUCAUCUACAUCAUUCUCUGGAAUGUCAACACCUGAACAGACGACAAGGAGCAUAGAUGACAGAGUGAGGAGCAUUGUGUGCACAUUACCGUUUACUGAAGUUAUCGAUGAACUGAAGGCAAGCUUGAACAUUCUGAAAAUUCCAUUUUCCGAGUCUCAUGAAAUGGUUUAUGAGCCACAAGUAACGGAAAUGAGACGCCUCUCAUUACCAUCUGGAGUGGAGAUUGGUGUCGCUGUACUGCCGCCAGAACACAAAGCUCACGUGGAGUUCGCCAUAAUCAACAAUGAUUCUCCAACUUCCGAAUACUUGUGUGAUCAGUUGAUUUGCAGGCUCCGAAUGAUUGAUCCAAGCUGGAGCUCGGAGUGAAUGGAAAAAAAAACCAAAAACCAAAAAACCCAAUUUGCUUUUACUUCUCCUUUUUUCUUCAACAAAAAUCUCAAUAACACUGUAUCAUUCCUUGUCUAGAAAUCGAUCCUUACCAGUUUUUGUGUGUUGUCUGAUUUAGCGAAAUUCUACUUCGAUUUUUGCAAAACGUGUUCAAAUUUGAUAUUUUCUGGGUGUUCGCCAUUAUUGCCCAGUAUUUUGUUUUGUUUCGUAUUUUUAUUUUCUCAUAUGUUUUUUUUUUAAAUUCGAGAUUUUUGAGUAUAUUUUGAAUGUAUAGGUUAGUCGAUAUUUUUAGAGCCUGUGCUAGCUGAUUUUACAAUUCUAUGUCAGAAACAUCCACUAGUCCCAGCGACGUUUUUGUAUGUAUAUUCCAUUCGAAUUUCGUUUGCUUCUAUUUUUCCUGAAAAACAUUUUCUAUCCGUUCUAAAUUAUCGAGAAUCAUGUCAGUUUUCCAUCAGGUCAACUCCCGAAAAGUUCGCAAGAACUGCAAAUCACUAACCUUGUUUUGCGUGUACAAACCUCCCGAUACGAAACCGAUGAUCCAUCCGCUAGUGUCUUUCUGUUCACUUAUUUCCCCCUACAACUCUACUUUGUUCAGUACCACAAUUCCUCUUCCAUGUUUCCUAUUCAAACUCACCUUCAUGCCUUGUACUUUGUUCAUGUUGUACUUUUCAUUUCUUAAAUUUUUAUUCACUGUAUUAUUUUUUUAUUAUUUCUCUAUUGUUUCUAUCUUAAAACUCUAAGUCAAGCCCCCCACAUUUGAAUUGUCAUUACUUGUACGUCUAGUUUCUGUCUCGUGAUAUUCCUUGUUCAAUGUUGUGACCUUUUGAAAAAUCGACCUUUCUGUUUAUAUAUAAAUCAGUGAUUUUUU